CAGACACUGCAGCAGCAGCAGCACCAGCAGCAGCAGCAGAGGCAGUCGGCAAAGCCCAUACCCAUAUCUCUCUACAUAUGACCGCCCGCCCAUGUCUUUGACGAAACUGCUGGAGCUGCUGGGGGCCUUAUAAACGGCCGGCGAUGGCGGCCGCGAGCCAAGUUUUACCGCUACAUUAGCCGUGCACGCGCGUGUUUUUCCCACGAUUCGAAAACGAAGAAAAAUCUACAAAAAAAAAAAGAUUAAGAAAAUGAAGGAUCGUUUUACCAGAAUAGCCCAGGAAGUGCCCAGCAUGCUGCUGAUUAUGCUACUGCCCUUGCUCAUCGGAAGCACUGCCGCAUUUCCGGAUGGGGCCCCAGCCGAUACGUGUGUGAAGCAGCGCGCGAAUCAGCCCAACCACGGAAAGGCCCGUACACAGCCAGCCCACACAAAUCCCUUUGAGGUGGUGGCCGACGCCCAGAGCUACCAUCCGGGUCAGCAGAUCUCUGUGGUCAUCUAUCCGCACGCACAGCAGAGCACGGUCUUCAGGGGCUUCUUCCUGCAGGCCCGCGACGCGCACUCCAAUGAGUGGAUUGGCGAGUGGGUCCAGAGCGAGAACACAAAAACCAUACCUGAGUGCUCGGCCAUAACGCACUCGGAUAACCGGGACAAACUGGGGGCCAAGCUGCUAUGGAAGGCGCCGCAGAACAAGCGCGGCAAUGUUUACUUUACCGGCACUGUGCUACAGGAGUACGGCACCUUCUGGAGCGACAUCGUUAACAAGGUGCAGGCCGAGCCGCAAUAACGAAAAUUAUGUACCUAUUUAUAACAGCUGUACUCGUAUAUACCCUGCACUGGGCAAUAAAUCUUUAAAACCCUAAUUAGUCAAAAGGAAAUUGUUGUUUGAAGAUUUUUCAAAUCCCCAUUUGGCGGACGGACGGACGUCUUUGGGCCAAGCCCCCCACUGAGCUGUGCAAUCAACAUUACAGAGCAAAAUUAUUGACUUUUUGGCUUAACGUUUAUGAAUUGACCAGAGCUCCACACACACACACACACACACACACACAUAUCAUACACACACACACUUGCAGAACCAUGGCCGACAGGCCCUCCCACAUCCGAAAACUCGAACCAAGCCACCAGUGCGCCCGACUGACCCACCCACACUAGGCCGCAAUCGGACGCACGAGCCGAACACGUUUAAGUUUCCAGACACGUUGGCCAGCUUCUCAUUGGAAAUUUGUUUUGGCCCAGCCAGUAAAUUGGAAACUUUAAGCACCUUUCAUGCCGGCUAUGAAGAGAGACUGGGCCGGACUAUGGCGAUAAAGUAAUUAAGGCACAGGCCGUAGCCAGAUGGCUAGUGAAAUUCAUAUUUAUUCCAGGCCUUUAUAUGCCCUACCCUUUAACUACUGGCAUCUUAUCAGAGGAAGCGGAUAAGAGUGGUUGAGUGGGACCAGCCAUAAACAAGUU